AUGUGUACGAAAACUGAUACUCCCUAUACAGUAGACUAUGUCGUUAAAUUGUCGAAAAGUUUUUAUGUAGAUAAUUGCAUCACCCGUGUUCCGGAUGAGACCAGUUUGAGGCAGUUCAUUCAAGAAGGAACAAUGAUAAUGAAACAGGGUAAAUUUGAAUUCAGAGGGUGGAAGCACUCUCGAAAAGAACACAAGAAAGAAGCGUUUGCUCCUGUACUCGGUCUGAAAUGGUGUUUAACAAGAGACACUUUAAUGGUCAAUGAUACUUUGUUAACAGGAGAUUUGAAUUUGGAAGGCAUAGUUGUAACGAAACGAAUUAUAACCGGAGGUCAUGUGUCUAUCCACUUAUUGGCGGCAAAGGCUAGAGUUGCUCCGUUUCAUAAAUUAACCAUACCUCGUCUGGAGCUACUGGCUGCAACAAUCGGUGCCAGAUUAUAUAUCAAAACUGUAAAGAAUUUCAGUGGCGAAAUCGAAUCCUAUUUUUGGAGCGACUCUUCAACUGUUGUGGCAUGGAUUCAAAGGAAAGAAGAGUGGGCUACAUUGUGUGGGGUUUGGAACAGAGUAGCAGAAAUUCGGGCGCUAACUCAUCCAAAAUUAUGGAGACACAUACCUGGUUCAAAAAAACCCGCCGAUUUACCUUCACGAGGCUGCUCGCCUAAAUACUUAUUGGAGUCAAAAUGGUGGGAGGGCCCAGAAUGGUUAUAUGAAAGUCAGGAUAGUUGGCCAACUGACGAAUUGGCUUGCGACGAGCUGGAGAUUAAUCUGGAGAAAAAGAGGAAACUAACCACCCUUUUGUGUUCAGCGGCUGAUGAAUGGCAUCUUGAUUAUUUCUCUGGCUAUACCAGGACUAUAAGAAUGGUAGCCUGGAUAUAUAGGUUUUGUUAUAACCUCAAACAUCCCGAAGAAAGGCGCAGAGGUGAAUUAACUACGGAUGAAAUGGAUAAGGGCGAAACUUAUGUUAUUAAGAUGAUACAGGCUCAGAGUUUCUCAGGUGAAGAUGAGAAGAGGUUAAGCGGUUUAAAUCCAUUUUGUGACAAACAUGGUAUUUUGAGACUGAAAACAAGAAUUUCGAGAAGGGAAGACCUAGAAAAUUUUAGAUUUCCCAUGAUACUUCCUUCUAAACAUCCUGUUGUGGAGAAGCUGAUAUUAGAAAUGCACAAGGAAAAGUCGCAUGCUGGUCCCCGGAUACUUCUUAGUUUGCUGCGUGAAUCUUACUGGAUUCUAGGAGGGCGACGCACCAUCAAAUCAACUUUAUCUCAGUGUGUGGUUUGCAAGAGGUAUAAUUCUAAACACUUUGUUGUUGAACCUCCCCCACUACCUAAGGACAGGGUACGUGACGAGGUCGCAUUUGAAAUGACGGAAGUGGACAUGGCAGGACCAUUAUACCUUCAAACAGGAGAAAAGGCAUGGGUGUGUAUGUUUACAUGUGCUGUUUACAGCGCUGUACACUUUGAGUUGUGCACAUCUAUGUCGUCACCUUGUUUUAUGAAAGCUUUUAGACGAUUCGUGGCGAGACGUGGUCGACCUAAAGUAAUUUAUAGUGAAUGCGGUACGAACUUUGUAGGGACUGAGAAUGCUCUAUCGCAGUUAGACUGGGAAACCAUUUUCCGAGAAACCUCUACCCAACGGAUAAAAUGGAAGUUUAACCCACCUACCGCGGCUCGGUGGGGCAAUUUCUGGGAGCGUUUGAGCGGUAUUAUGAAGCAAAUGUUGCAAAAGGUUCUUGGUCGCUCUAGUUUUAAUUAUGAGGAUUUAAUGACUAUACUAUGCUAUUGUGAAUCUGUGAUAAAUUCACGACCGCUUACUUAUAUAUCUAAUGACCUGAAAGACUUGGUACCUAUUACUCCAUCCAUGUUUUUGAGAGACCUGGUAGAUAGUGAUUUACCUGAUUGUGAUAUUAUACACCAGAAUUCACUCAAUCGAAAGCUACGUUAUCGACAAAAAAUUAGUUUGGAUCUCCGUCAUCGCUUUCGAAGCCAAUAUCUUGGUCAACUAAAACUCAAAUUUAAUAAAAGGCCAAGUCGACCAAUUACAUUUGGAGAAGUAGUCCUUGUAGCCAACGACAUCGAUAAACGUUUACACUGGCCUCUUGGACGAAUAAUCGAGAUCAUUCCUGGCACUGAUGGAAAAAUUCGACUCGUCAGGGUAAAGACAGAGCGAGGGCAACUUUUACGUCCUAUACAACGAAUCUACCCUCUGGAAUGUCUGGUUGUCACUACGGCAGAGGAAGAUUCAUCCCUGCAAGAUCAUCCGGAUACAGAAGUAGAAGACGUCCCCCAUUAUCAGCAAGAAGAGGAAUCUUGUGAUCAUGAAAGUGCGGGAAUGUGUAAAGAGCAGAGCACCCGAAAGAAUUUCGCGAAGUGGUCGAGUGAUUCAUAUGCCAAAAAGAUACCUGUAACGCCUCCAAUUUUGUAA